UUUUGAUAGUUGAAUGGUUUCUGUAGCAGAAAGUACACAGGAGUAGUUAGCAACCAAAAAAGGGCAAAAGCAGAAUGAAAAAAACAGCUAAAUGCAGAAUCAAAUGGUGGAAGCUAAAAUGUAAAACUGGAGCUGAGAGAUUAAGUGCAUUAUAUGGAAAAGCAGAGAACACAAGCAUGUUGUAGGAUCAGCUUAAAGGCUGGAUGUUAAAGUGGAAGUUCCUAACAGUUAAAAUGGAGAGAAUUAGGUCUCAGCUGGUCCUGUGUGAGGGUCUCACAAUACUCAGAUGUGGCUCUGUGCACCUCUCAGAAUCUCCCUAUUGAGUCAAACAACAUAACUACUUGACUAUGUGACACCACCCACUAACCCUCUCCAAUACACACUCAUUAUAAAUUCAUAAAUAGUCAGAAAUUAAUAUUAAAUAUAAACUGUGUUUAUUCAAAAACUGUACAAGCCUAAUAGCUGAUUGUGACCUGUUUAAAGCUUAAGUGAAGUUUCUAGCACAAAGUAUGCCGAACUAGUUGAACAGCAUUCAUGCUAAUUAUUUUUUAUGUGGAAACUGUUGCUGGGGUCCACUUUCUCUACAUCUGCCAGCCAGCAUUCAGAUCUUUAAAUAGACAGCUAUUUUGAUGCAAAAGCAUAACACAGGCCCCUGAGGGCUUGAGGCACACGAGCUAGAUUUAAUUUGAGGGUCAAAUGGCCUGACAACGCUUAGGACACCCUGUGGUGAGUACAUCUGAGGCAAAGAAGCCUGCAAUCACCCACUCUGUUUGACACAGCAGUUGCAGAGGACCUGCUUGGGAAUACUUCUCUUACAGUUUUUCACUGUGAAGCCACAUAAAAAGAAAUGUCAUAUACAUCUAAACUUCCUGCAUCCUGGAAUGACAAACCUCCUCCUCGGAAAGUGGAGAUUGACCUGAGUUCACCUGGUCUCGCAGUGUUUGAGUUGGAGAGACUCUUGUUUACUGGCAAAGCCAUCAUCAGCCAUGCAGAUGAAGUGUGGCCUAGACUUUAUGUUGGUGACCAACACAGUGCAGAGAAUGUGGCUGAUCUGUACAAACAUCGAAUCACACACAUCCUGAAUGCAGCUCACAGCAAACGCAGAGGACAGCCCGAUAUCUAUGAGAACAUGAGGAUCACCUACAUGGGUAUAGAGGCUCAUGACUCCUGUGGCUUUGACAUGAGUGUCAACUUCCAGGCAGCGGCAGACUUUAUCCAUAGGGCUCUCAGCAGAGGAGGCAAAGUGUUGGUGCAUUGUCAUGUAGGGGUGAGCCGCUCUGCCACCCUGGUCCUGGCUUACCUGAUGCUGAAGCAGAAUCUGACCCUUGUGGAGGCUAUAUGUGCCGUGAAAGAUAACCGUGGUGUAAUCCCUAACAGAGGCUUCCUCAGACAGCUCAUCAAACUAGAUGGAGAGCUGUUCGGCACACAUCACUGAACCCCAUCUGAUAGUAUUACUGGGUCCACAACAUAGGGAAGACAGAUCAAAUAUACUUCCUAACAUAGAAAAAUGAGAUGCCCUAAUUUCAUUAAAUGAAUAUAUCUUUUUUUUUUUUUAACUUUUACUUUUACUGCUACUAAUUUAAAGUUUUUUCUAAGUUUUUGAAGAGGGACUAAACAACAUCUUAUCAUUUCCUGGAUCAUGUUUUAAUUGCCAUGAACUAAGAAAAAAAAAAGUGUAUUCUGUCAUUUUGUACAUGUUAAUUUUUUUUACAUUAAAAAGAUUAAUUUGA